UCAUCAGUCACAGUAGACAGUGUAUGAUUCUUUCACCAUUAUCUUUUGGCGACAUGUGCAAACUCACUCUAACUGCAGGUCUCUGUUUGAUCAUCGCCAGCUUGGCGUCAUCCUCCAGGCUGGUGUGUUACUAUAACAGCUUGGCUGAAGAGAGAGCAGCAUACGGGAAGGUCACAGUUUCCGAUAUCGAUCCAAACCAGUGUACUCAUCUGAUCUACGCCUUUUCUGACAUCAACAACAAUGAGCUGGUCAACAGCACUGCAAGUAGCAUAGACUAUCAGUCCUUUAACAGACUCAAAACCAGAAAUCCACAACUCAAAACCCUGUUGGCAGUGGGUGGCUUGACCUUCAACAUACAAAAAUUCAGUACAAUGGUGGCAGAACAACAAAACAGAACAAGAUUCAUCCAGUCUGCGAUCACACUACUAAGAGAAUAUGGGUUUGAUGGGCUAAACCUUGACUGGAGGUACCCCGGAGGACCUGGAAGCCAACCACAGGACAAGCAGAGAUUCACACAGCUGUGCACUGAGCUCAAAGAGGCCUUUGUGGAAGAGGGAACAGCAUCUAACCGUGACAGAUUAAUCAUCACUGCUAGUGUCUCUGCGGAGAGAGCAACCAUCGAUGCCAGUUAUGAAGUUGCACAGAUUGCCACGCAGCUGGAUUUCAUCAAUGUGCUGACAUUUGACUUCCAUGGCCCCUGGGAAAAUGUCACAGGACAUCACAGCCCCUUAUACCAGGGAUCCAAAGACACUGGAAACGAAUCCUACUUUAACACUGACUUUGCCAUGCGCUACUGGCGGGACCAGGGAGCACCUACACAAAAGCUAAACUUGGGGUUAGCGGCAUACGGGCGAGCUUUUGACCUCUCCACUAAUUCCAGUGAUGUUGGAGCACCAGCCAAUGGUCCUGGUGAAGAAGGCUGCUACACUGGUGAAGAAGGAUUCUGGUCCACUUAUGAGACUUGUCUUUAUAUUGAAGGGGUUCCAACCAAUCUGAUUCCUGAUCAGAAAGUUCCAUAUGCCACCACAGACAAUCAGUGGGUUGGAUUUGACAACAUAGAUAGCCUUGAUACUAAGGUCAGUUACCUAAAAACUAACAACUUUGGAGGAGCUUUUGUCUGGUCUCUGGACUUGGAUGACACUAGUGGUCAAUUCUGUAAAAUUGGCAACAAUCCCUUCAUCAGCCACCUGCAUACUCUCCUGGUUCCAGGUUUUCCUGGCCCUACUACUACAACUCCCACUCCCCCUACCACAACAAUGCCCACAAACACAACAACUCCCCCUACCACAACUACCAAAACUAUAUCCCCUACCACAACUCCUAUUACCACAACUACCACAACUCCACCUAAUACAACCACAACUCCUCCUACCACAACUACAACUCCACCUACUACAACUACACCUAGUACAACUCCCCCUACCACACGUACCACAACUCCCCCUACCACAACUACAACUCCCCCUACCACAACUACCACAACUACAACUCCACCUACUACAACUACAACUCUCCCUAAAACAACUACAACUUCCCCUAUCACAACCACAAUAGCUCCCCUUAAUACAACUCCCCUUACCACAACUACAACUCCACCUACUACAACCACAACUCCCCCUACCACAACUACAACUCCACCUACUACAACUACAACUCCACCUACCACAACUACAACUCCCCCUACCACAACUACAACUCCACUUACUACAACUACAACUCCCCCUAUCACAACUACAAGUCCACCUACUACAACUCUCCCUACCACAACUACAACUCCCCCUACCACAACCACAAUAGCUCCCCCUACCACAACCACAACUCCCCCUACCACAACUACAACUCCACCUACUACAACUACAACCCCCUACCACAACUACCACAACUCCCCCUACUACAACUACAACUCCACCUACUACAACUACAACUUCCCCUAUCACAACCACAAUAGCUCCCCCUAAUACAACUCCCCUUACCACAACUACAACUCCACCUACUACAACCACAACUCCCCCUACCACAACUACAACUCCACCUACUACAACUACAACUCCACCUACCACAACUACAACUCCCCCUACCACAACUACAACUCCACUUACUACAACUACAACUCCCCUAUCACAA